GGCUACUUUGAUUUUUUUUACUUGAACAGUUAUUCGCAAUUAAAAAAUAGAGUAAGUCAAGUAUUUACAUUAGCCUCUUCUCAAAUAUUUUAUUUAACUUCUCAGGAAAUCGAAAUUUAUCCCCCUGCUAACGAAUCGCUGUUUUUUUUAAUCAUUAAAUUAUUAUAAAUAGAUAGGACUAUCUAUAAACCAGCACAUGUUCACUCAAUCAGAGCAUUAACUAUUCAUCUUUGCUUACUCAAUAACAGAAAGACUAAAACAAAAUUGAAUUUUUCAGCUUCAGAUUGAUCUUUUGUUGUUUUAGAAUAAACAAAUGUAGUUUUUAACGAUUAGAAUAUGAUACUACUGUUCAAGGUGUUCCCAAACAAACCAUAUAUCCGAUACAUAGCGUUUAACCUUCAAUGCACAUAUUAUGAUAAAAAUAUUUAAGUAUAUGCGUAUAUAUAUAUAUAUUGGUUAACUUUAUUAGGUAAUUUGUGAUCUUUAAAAAAAUUUCCUAAUAAAAGCUAAACCUAAGUUUUUCUGGUUUAUAAUAGCAAAACAAAUGUUUUAGCAGUGUUUAAUUCUACUGAUGAUAUAAUUUCGCGUUAAUUGUUAUAAUUAGCACAGCCAAAAUAGGUUCAGUCUUUUCGCAUUGGUGUUAUCCGCACUCUUCUUAUAAUAAAGUAAAAAAAGCUUAAAUCUUUAAAAAAUUGUCCUGCCCAAAAGACGGGCGUAUUGAUCGGCCAUAGCGUUUGCAGAAGAAAACGAAAGUUUUGCUGCUAUAAAAAAUGACCGACAAGACUAACGGCGACCUAGUAAACGGCGUCGAUAGAGACGAUCCAGAAUAUCAACGUCAAAUCAGACGUCCUGCAGACGUGAAAGAAGAUUUAAGACAGAUGGAUACAAGAAAGAGAGUUCAUGAAAUUCUAACAAGUCAAUCGUUCAAAGAUGAAUUAGAACAAAUUGUAAACGAUACAUUAGUACCGGGAAAGGGAACUGAAUCCUUUGCUGUUCUCCAAGAACUAUCGAGGCUCGUAUUGCCAUCACAUCGUACACCUGCUGAAUUAGGUGGAAUAAGCUUCUCUCACAGCGGUGUCUUACCUAUCAGCGAUUUAAGAGGUGUGGAUGCUCUCAAAUACUCUAACUCUGAAAAAGCGGCAAGAUGCAAAUUAGCAAGUACCGCCAGACUUAUUGAAACGUUGGGCUGGACGACAGGAAGCAAUUCGGUGUUGAGCUUAAAACUCGGAAAGAAUCCCGAGCAUUUCUUGAUACCACCCUCAGGUCUUCUCCCCAGUGAAUUGACCGCCUCGUCGCUGAUCAAAGUUGACAUGCUUGGUCAGGUUCAGGAUGCUGGUUCUACUACCUUAGAACAUCAUAAGAAAGUCUGGUCUACUUAUGCCGAAAUUCAUGCUGCUCGACCAGAUAUUAAGGUUCUUCUUCCUCUGCAAAGUCCCAAUGCCCUGGCUGUUUCUUCAUUGAAAAGCGGACUCUUACCAAUUUCUCAACACGCAUGUGUCGUUGGACAGUAUAGCACUUUCGAAGCUGCUUCCUUCUCUGGUCUGAAUGAUCAAGAAAAGAAAGAAAUAAUCAGAUGCUUAGGCCCAUCUAAUAAGGUUUUGAUGAUUCGAAACUGUGGUUUUCUAAUCGGAGGAGAGUCUGUUGAAGAGGCCACAUGGAUAGGCAACCAGGUUUUAACUGCUUGUGAAGCCCAAAUUCGCGUCCUACCAGUUGGAUUAGAUAACUUGAGCUUGAUUCCAGAAGAAGAACGCGAAAAAAUAGCUGAUUCUUUUAAGUCGAGCGGUAAACAAGAAUUUGAAGCCUAUAUUCGAUUGUUGGAUCAGGCUGGGUAUAGAACUGACUAUCCAUACCAAUCAAUUUCUCGUAAAGAUGGACAAGGUCGAUUGAACGACGAAAUCGAAUAUCCCCCAGCAGCAUUAUCAUCUGGACUGCUUGAUGAACCUAUGAGCCCUAUGAGAAGGCAUCAAGAACUACAGAAAAAAGCUAAAAAGACAAAGUGGUUAGGAUCCCCAAAUGUUUAUGAAAAAAAACAGAUUGAAGAAAUUGGGGCCACCGAAAAUCCCAAAAAGUUUACGGUAUGGGUUGAAUCGAAAGACGGAGGAAAUGGAGGACAGACAGUUAAGGUCGUAGAUAAUCCAAACCAAUUUGCCCCCCAAGGACAUAACCCACACGAAUUAAGGGAAAAACAUCAACAAAUUAGGAAGGAGUAUUAUGAAGAUAGAAUCGACGCUGGUCCUCAGUCUAAAAUUUUAGAGGGUGCGACUUGGGAUGAGGCUAGACAGAUGCAGGAUAAUCCUGAUCAAAUAAUUACUAUUGGGGCUGCAUCUAAAGGAAUUAUACAACGCGAUCACCAACAUAAUGCUACAGUCUACAAGCAAACUGUUACACCAAAUCCAUUUACAAAUAUGACAGAAGAUGACUUGCAAAAGUACAAACAGGAUCUGGAAAGAAAAGAAAGAGGAGAACUUCCAUCACCUGGGGCAGAAGGUCGUCUGAUUUCUACCGAGGAACGUAUUAAGAAAGUACGCCAAGGAGAAGCUCCAUCGACUCUACAAACCACCACUGUUCAGUCAGUAUCUAUGAACGGAGAAGAUGCUACAGCCGCGGCUUCACCUACGAAAUCAGUUUCAAGUGCCGCAACUGAAGGCAGUCGCGAGGGCUCUCCCGCUAAAGAAAUUGGAAAGAGUGAAAAGAAGAAGAAAAAAUUUAGAAUGCCCUCUUUCACAAAGGGAAAAAAGAAGUAAAAAGAAGUCG